AUGGGUCAUUCCUCUUGGCUCACGACAUGCUCCCCGUGGUCCGCGUUCGCGACGCUGGCCGCCGUCAUGACCAGCGUUCUGAUGCUCAGCUACGUGUCGAGCUCCUUCCUCGGCCACCAACAAGCGGCGUACGAGUACGACGGCCCCCACAGCCCGGACGCCGGGCCGUCCGCGGCGGCGACGGCGACGGCCGUGUACCACCCCAGGAACCGGUACCUGCUGCACCUGGACGCCGGCGCCGGCGCCUACGAGCGCGCGAGGCUGGCCAGCUACGUCCGGUCGGAGCAGGUGUUCCUCGAGUACGGCAACGUGCACGUCGUCGGCAAGGGGGACGCCCUCGACGGCCGCGGGCCGUCCGCCGUCGCCGCGGUGCUACACGGCGCGGCCGUGCUGCUGAGGAUCGGCGCGGAGUGGGACUGGCUCGUCACGCUGGACGCCACGGACUACCCGCUCGUGACGCAGGACUACCUGCUCUACGCCUUCUCCGCCGUGCCGAGGGACCUCAACUUCAUCGAUCACAGGACCGAUUCUGAAAACCAUCACGUGGUUGUUCUCGACCAAAAUCUUCUGCAGAGCACGAACGCUGAGAUCUCCUUCUCGUCGGGGCACCAGGAGGAGCCCGACGCGUUCGAGCUCUUCAGAGGUUCUCCCUGGCCGAUACUGAGCCGGGCGUUCACGGAGCACUGUGUGGCCGCGCCGGACAACCUGCCCCGGACGCUGCUCAUGUACUUCAGCAACACGCUCGAGGCCAAGGAGUUCUACUUCCAGACGGUCAUGCCCAACUCGCCACGCUUCAGGAACAGCACUGUCAACCACAGCUUCCGGGUCGACGUGCCGCCUCCGCAGGACGCGGACCAGAAGGCGCGGUACGACGCCCUGGUGAGCAGCGGUGCGGCCUUCGCCGGGCGGUUCGGCUACGACGAGGCGCUGCUGCAGAGGAUAGACGAGGAGGUGCUGCGGCGCCCGCUGGACGGCAUCACGCCGGGCGAGUGGUGCGCCGCAGUGGGUAGCGGCGAGGACGGCGCGGGCGAGUGCUCGGUCGGGGGCAACAUCGAUGCUGUCAGGUAG